CUGUGGCGCUUCUAUUCUGAUUUGUUAGAGACUGGAAGGUGAUCAAAGGUCUUCAACUCGGCAGAAAAUAGUUUCAAAAAAUGUUGCAGCAAAUCAAGAGUGAACAAGGAGAGAAGUGUACCAUGAUUGGUCAGCCAAUAACCAGUCAAGAWGUCAAUGAUGAUGGCUAUAAUCACAUGAACAUUGACAGAACUACUGGGGUCAACAAGACAGAAGAACUAACCUUUGAAGAACCAGUUGUUUUAUAUGUUCAUGGAGAUGACUUAGACAUUCAGACAGAUCUGGAAGACGAAUUGCAUACUGACAGCGCAAACGACAUCCGUGAGGAAUUUAAUUUGACAAAACGCAUUACAAUGAAGCCAUUAAAUUGUUCUCAAUGCAGGAAGAAAUUUGCAACAAAAACCAAGCUUGAYUAUCAUCUAAGAACACAUGAGAAUUUAUUKRAAUGCUCUGUCUGUCAAAAGAAAUUUGCAGUAAAAGCAACGUUUGACCGUCACCUAAGGACACACAAGGAUCCAUUUAAGUGUUCUCACUGUGAAAAGAAAUUUACUUCAAAGACUAAGCUUGACUGUCACCUCAAAAAGCACAGGAAGCCCUUUGAAUGUUCUCACUGCAAAAAGAAAUUCAAAGGGGAGAAAACUUUUAAUCGCCAUCUAAGAACACAUAGCGAGAAGUUUGAAUGCUCUCAUUGUAAAAAAGAGUUUGCAUCUUUGGCAAGGCUGAGGCGUCAUCUAGUGACACAUGAAAAGCCAUUUGAAUGCUCUUACUGCCAAAAGAAAUUUGCAGUUGAGAAAACAUUGAAUUGUCACCUAAGAAUGCAUGAGAAGCCAUUUGAAUGCUCUUACUGUCAAAAGAAAUAUGCAGUUGAGAAAACAUUGAAGUGUCACCUAAGAAUGCAUGAGAAGCCAUUUGAAUGCUCUUACU